CUUCUUCCGGGUUCGGUAACUUGAUACUUACUAUAUAACUGUGCGUCUUUAUUCGCUGUUCUUAGGAUGCUAGUAACAUGUGGAACAUCAACCUUCCUUACAUCCUAGUUACUGCUUUUGUAUUACUAAUUAGUUGCAAAAAUGCAAUACUCAAUGAGAUGAAGGAAUGGAAAGCAUGUCACUUCGCUAGUUCUUGUCUAUGCAAAAACGUUCCUGGUUCAGAAAAUCUUAUAGCGGAUUGUUCAGACAAACAUCUACUUCGUAUACCUAGAUUACCAAACAAUCUUCAAGACUUAUCUCUCCGAAACAAUAAUAUCAGUACAAUAGAAGAUGGGAUUUUCGAAGGCAAUUCUUUACUGACGACUUUGGAUUUGUCUUUUAAUGAAAUAGGUCAAAUAAAAAAAAAUUCCUUCAAAGGACUCCAAAAUUUACUCUCUUUAAAUCUCAGCAACAAUGAUUUGAAAUAUGAAAACAGGUCGUUUGAAUAUUCAGCAUUUUAUUUCUUGGAGAACUUGAAAAACUUGAAUUUGAAAAGAAAUGUCUAUACCUCAUUCGUGCCAGAUUUAUGGAAACUACGAUCACUAGAAUCGUUGUCAAUAGAUUAUGUUGCAGACAAAAUUGCAAUUCUCGAUGAGAAAUUUGGCUAUUUAAAAAACCUUACAAUUAUAGAUAUAUCUGGUUUUACCGGUAUUUGCAAAAUGACUAUACUAACAGAGAAGACAUUCUUGUUCUUACCUCAAAUAACUCAUUUAAACUUAUCCAAAUGCAAAAUAAAACAUAUUUUCAAAGGAACGUUUAAGUUAUUGAGAAAUAUAUUGGAACUUGACGUUUCUCUAAAUACAUGUUUAAGAUUCGAAACGCUUGAAAAUAUUACCACCGAUUUGCAACAUUCAGCAAUUAAAAUCUUGAAAGUAAACUACAUUCAUGGCAUUUUAGAAAAGAGUACAGUACUGAAAACUUCUCAUAUUUGGAAUUUACAAAAUACGUCAGUUGUUAGACUCGAAGCCGCCGGGAACCGUAUUCAGACAAUAGAAUUCGGAGCAAUUACACAUUUACCUGAAUCAUUUAAAAGUGUAGAUAUAAGGAACAACAUGUUUUCUGUAGGCGAAUAUCUGCUUGAUCUAACAAAUAUGCCAAUUGCGUCAUUAGAAAUGUCUGAUAAUGCUUCUCCUCUUGAUGUGAUUACAUCAUACGUAGAAGAAUGUCCUAUUAAAGAAGAAACUAUUACCAUCAAUUCUGAAAACAAUUGGUUAUUUACAAAACUCUCAAUUUUGGAACUGUUGAAAAAUAAAUCUGGUAAGUUUAUUUUUCCAAUGCCAAAUGAACUGAUAAAUGUUUCACUGAGGUCCAGCAACCUGAAAUUUGAAUUACCAAACUUAAGUUUCAGUAAAAAUAAGUUAGAAAAUUUAGAUUUGAGUGAUAAUGUCUUGCAUACAUGGACAGGACCAAUAACGAAUGUAGAAAAACUGACACAUUUAGACCUAUCGGUAAACUUUUGUUCUAAUGUUUCAAAGACAUUUUUCAGUUCAGAUUUUAUUAAUUUAAGAUGCUUACUGCUACAAAACAAUCUUUUAGGACUCGUUCUACCAACGGAUGUUGACGGUGAAAUAUUCCAGAACCUCCAUAACGUCGUGUACAUUAAUCUUUCUAAAAAUAAAAUAACGAAUAUACCGAAUCUGUUAUUUCUAAAGCAAAAAGAAUUAGAAAGAUUAGACCUCAGUGAAAACAUGAUUGAGGAUAUCAACUUUAAACUUUCUCACAUGAAAAAGCUCAUGUUUUUGAAUUUGCGGAAUAAUAGAAUAUCUACUCUGAGUAAAUAUGCCAUGAACGAGUUGGACUCGAUUGCCAAAAUGAAUACAAAACUCACUAUUGAUCUUGGUGAAAAUAAUCUUGUAUGUAAUUGUGAUUCUCUGUCUUUCGUCAAAUGGAUAGUUAACACUCCUACAAAUCUUCAUCAUCGGGAAAAAUACGAAUGUAAAACAUCACAAAAUACCAUCAGUCUUUUUCGAAACCCUAGAGAAGUUUUCAAAACCAUACAAAAGGAAUGUAUGUCAUAUGAAGGUUUAAUACUUGGAUUAACGACAGGAAUAUUGAUGUUUAUUUUUAUUCUAUGUAGUGGUAUUGUUUACAGAUACAGAUGGAAACUACGCUAUCUUUAUUACAUGGUCAAAGUCAAAUGGCAUGACACCGAACCUAAAUCCGACAACAAAGAUGAAAGACUAUACACGUAUGAUGCUUUCGUGUCAUAUGCAAAUGAGGAUGACACAUUUGUCCACCAUAAACUUCUCAAUAAUCUAGAGAAACAUGGUGGAAUUCAGUUGUGCUUGCAUAGGCGGAAUUUCCUACCCGGAAAUGACAUCGCCACUAAUAUCACAUCCGCAAUUCAUAACAGUCGGAAAACUAUUGUCAUAAUGUCUGCAAAUUAUUUAGCUUCGUACUGGUGUAUGUUCGAAUAUAAUAUGGCUAAAAUGGAGAGUAUCUAUGAACGCAAUUGUGAGAACAUCCUUUUCCUAGUAUUUUACGAGCAAAUGUCUGCUUGCGAUCUUCCACUUAAAGUACUGGAACUGGUUCAUUGUCAAUCAUAUAUUGAGUAUCCAAAUGAUGAGUACGGCGAUGUUGUCUUUUGGGAACAGCUUCAAAAGGCAAUCAAAUCCUAAAUGUCAAUAUGUCCUCCAUUUGACGCUACGUAUCGUUAAUUAUAUACAAGGAAUUCCGGCAUGCAUUUGGCUUAUUAAGUGUGUUACAUUAGAUGUUUUGUCAACAAUAUGUAAUAAGUUUAUAGGUUCUUCUGAAAUAGAUCAACUAUUAUUGCUUUAGCAAAUAUGAAUUACGGAUUUCCUUUUCUAGAAAGUUAACCAUUUGUGUUAUAAUUUCGCCAUACUAACCAAAUAUUUGUUUAUAAAACGUAAUAUACAGAGUGCUCUAAAGAACCGCGUAGAGUUAAAAUUAGAAUAAGAGACUAACCAAACUUUCGUUUUUUCUCCAUCAUAUAUGUUGGUUAUAUAUGAUGAUUUCAUUUGUUCAAAACAAUUAGGCAGAUAUUAAAAUAAGUUUGUAUGUCACGUGAACCACUUGCUGUGCUAUAUACUAGAUGAAUCUUAGUAUAAUAACAAGAUAUCUACAGUAUGACCUACUGACGCUUGAUUACAAAUUCUGAAUGUACUUUUAUUGGUAUUGUUUUAUUGAUUAUUUUUUAUAGCAAUGUAUGAAGUAUAAAUGUAUAUUAAUGCCCGGUAAAAAUAUGGACAUACCAUCCUAUGCCUAGAGUGUAGUGACAGUUGACAAGCAGUCUUCACGUUAGAUAAAUCUUAUAGAACUGGUCUUUGAAAAUUGGUGGAAAUUAGAAUGAAAUUUUUAAUUAUUAAAAAGAGCUAUGCGUUAAAUGAUGAUAUUAUAAAAGGAAAAGCGUAUUUUCAAGAAUUUGUAAUUCUAAUUUUAGCAUACUUUUGUUUUGAUUGUUUUGAAUCGUUUAUUAUCUUGAUUGUUUAAUUUCUUUCUUACUCCAAUGAUGUUUGAAAUAGGUACCAAUGCAGAGAUUUGUUGUGUUUUUAUUGUUUUUUUAUCGUCUUAUUUUGUCUAAAAUGUGACAUUGUAAAAAAAACAUUAGUAUUUUCUUACAAUUGAAGUAUAAAAUAUUCAAUAUUUUUAUGUUGAAAAUAUUAUGAAAACCAACACUUUUAUUUAAAUACAUGUACUUUUCUUAGACAGCAGAACUUUAUGAUUUAAAAUGUGAAGAUACAAAAUAUUGUAUUGCUGUACCGGUAUCGUUCAAUCGUUUUGUAUCAAAGAUAUCCCUAUUUUAGAUUUUCCGUUGGAGCGAUUUUUUACAACAACAAAAAAAAAACAACACAGUGUGGUAAAUUUUAAUUAGUUCUUUUACCUUUAACCAGCAAAAUUCGUUACACCUGACUAAAGUAAGUUAGCAGUUAAAAGUCGAUACGUUUUCUUUUUAAGAUAUGUUACCAUUUUCGAAAACAAUUAUCACCAGCUAUAACUGUAGAAGGUAUGAAUGACCAUGUAUAGAUGUGUUUUUAUUUUUGUUUUAUGAUCAUUUACCAAAAGCUGUUUUGUUAAACAUUUACCUUAUAACUAUUGCUUCAGUUUAAUUCAGGUAUAGAAUAAAACAAUACGUAAUACGAUACCAAUGCAAACGAUAUUUUUGAGUAACAAAGGAAUUAUUUGAAUGCGUAUUUAAUCCGACGAAUAAUGGAACAAUUGUUAACAUGUUAAUCGAUAAUGGAAUAAUAUAAAAUAGCAAUAGCAAUCGUUUUUGAAAAAAAGAUAAGAUAUUUUGUGAAAAGGAUAGAUUAAAUAUUAGUAGGAUAAUAGUUGUAGAAAGUGGAGAAGUCAGUUUAAAAUUUUUCUAUAUUGGGAUUUUUUGCCACUUAUGAUUGGGUGAUACAAUCGGAAAUAUCUUUCAUAAUAAAUAUUCAGUAAUGUUUGAAAUGUGUGCAAGUGGAUCAGGAAGACACCUAUUCUCCUAUUUAUUUCCGUUGUCUUUAAAUAAAGACCCUAAUGUAUAUAAUGCUUUUUUUAAUUGUUUUAUUUCUCAAACUGAAAGGGGAGAUGAAGUGCCACUGUUAUAAAGAACGCCAUGAAUUUAAAAGUAAAUAAGUUAUUUCUUCCAGUUGCAUAUGAUAAACAUUGAUAUAUCCAAAGCUGUCAACAUGACUCAAGACCCAUAUAAUAAAAGUAUUUACACUUUUGGUAUUCAGCUGAAUUUUGUCCCCGAAUGACCGUAGAUCUAUUUCCGAAUAACCUUCUGACGUCAAGAAACAAUCACUUUUUAAGUGUGACGUCAAAUGUUUUGAAUUGUGAUGUCAAAGUUUACGGGAACCUGUAUGAUUUUACGUAAUGGCGGACAAAUUUGCAUACAAGUGUAAAUACGUCUAUUUAGAAUUGUCCAUAUCUUUAUUUAGAAUAUUUAGAUGGUGUUUACUAAAUUUGUUAUAUACUUUGUCCAAUAGGUAGUAACCAAAUGCAAAAUUAUUAUUUAGAAAACAUUGAUGACUCUUAAAAAAAUGUGCAUGUAUUGUGUGUGUUUCCAGGACAUGUGAGAUUUUUUUUUAAUUAUCAGCAAUCACCUUGGUUUACUGUUGAAAUUUGACAGCAGGAAGGUUAUACUUUAUUGAACAUCCAUUUGCAGACUAGCACUUCAGAUAACAUGGAUAAUACAUAAGUUGUUUGGUAUAAACUAUUUCAAAUUGUUUGCAGUUUCUUAUUGAAGUACAGCAAAACUAGAUAACGUAAAAUUUUGAGGCAUGUAUUUCUGCUAGUUCUAAACUGUUCACAAAAAAAGCUGUCUUUGAAAAAUAUUUAAGUUUUCCAUAUUUCUUAAUGUUAAACAUGUUAAACAACUAAUUUUAACAAGUUCAUAUUAUAUAUAUAUAUAUAUAUCUGUAACAUUAUCUUAUUAUCAUGUAUGCUCAUGUUACAUAAAAUAUAACAUACAUGUGUAUAUUUGUUUGAUUUUCCUAACUACGGUCCGGUGUAUCUACUCUCAAGAAAGGCUUGAUGAAUUAUAGGUGAUUGGUGUCCAUUUUAAAAGAUUACUUUCCUAUUCAGAAAAUACUAAAUAAAAAAAACAAAAAAACAUUGAAAAUAAGUUAAUUUAAAUUUGUGUUCAGUUGCUUUCAAAUCACAAUUACCGUUACGGUGGGUAAGGUUGGCCUGCGAGAACAUCUCUGUGCUAGUGAUUUGGUCCUGACUGGUGCUGGUGAUCAUUGAAAGUACGUAAACAAAGACAAAAAUGAUGAUUAUUAACGUUUUCUCGCAUAAAAAUGGAAGGAAACAGGUGCGAUGUUUUAAUUUUGUUUCUUAUGGGUUCAUAUGCAAACAAUGUAAAAUGUGACACUCUAAACUGUUUCAGGUAGCGUAACACAAAUGUGCUCAUUUUUAGAAAAUCUAGAACUGAAAAAAUAAAACAAAAAUGCCCCUGGAGUCCACUUCCUAUACCCAAAUCCACACGACAUAAUUAUGUUGUGAAAAACCUGCGCAAUUUAUCAAAAUUGUGCAUUUUCUCAGUUUAUAUAUGUCCUGGUAGGUUCUGUCAUUGUGCUGGUGGGUCCUGAUACGUUGCUGGUAAUUUUUUGUAAAAAGUUGGUCAUAUUAAAAACAAACGUUACAGAAUCAAUAUAAUUGGGCAGAUAAUUGUAUUCAAUCGUAUUUUUGACUCCAAUUUUACUUUUGUUCAUCCAAUAGGAUAUGGACAAAAACUCCUAUAACUAAUGUAAAGAGAAAUGCCAAACUCUAUGCAUGUUUAAGAAGCCUUAUAACACCAUUUGAAUGGUCUUUUAAUUAUGUUGUUGCAAAUCACUUUGCUAGCCUAUUCACAAACUCUUAUUUUUAAUUUGCAUUUGAAAUUAUUAUCCACUAUUCCUUGAUUUACUUUUAAGAACCUGCCUAAUGAUUUAUUUUUGCCAAAAAAAUAUGUUGAAAUAUUCUGUCUCCAAGAUACCUUCAACACAAAAGAAGUGAAGAAACAGUCAAUAGCUUAUCAACGUUAAAAUAUAUAGUAUGGAAUUUUAUGCAUAUUUUUUUUUUAUACAGUUGGUCCAACAAAAAUUGAAAGAAAACAAUAAGAAAUUUUGAAUUCUUAAAAGAAAUAAUUCGUGAAAUAACGAUUUCUUUUCAGAUAAAGCUAUUUAAAGAUAUUUUUAAUUUUAAUCAAUUGUUAACAAUUUGUGUUUCUAAUUUCAGCAUAUUUUUGUUUAAACGUAUGUGAAUUGUUUUUGUAUUAGUUGUUUAGCUUUUUAUUUGUCCAUUGAUGUUUGAAAUAGUUACAAAUGUAAAGAAUUAUCUUUGAUUUAACUUCUUUUUUAUCGUGUAAGUUUGUAUUAUGUGUGACACUAUGAACGAAACUCUUAUGUUUUUUUUUUUUACUUUUGGGAUAAAACCCUGUCCAAUUUGUUCAUGUCCUAAACAUUAUGAAAACAUACCCUGUUUCUUUAAAUUACUUUUCUGUGAAAGCAAAACUAUAUGAUAUACCACGUCAUUAAACUGUAUUUUAAUAUAUCGCUGUUUUGGAUCAACCAAAUCACUUUCGCUAUCCUAAUUUUGAUUAGUUAUAACACCUUAACCAUUGCAUCGCAGUCAGCAUAAUUCCGUUUAUCGGACUGAAUGUGAUUACCAGUGAAAAGUAGAUAAAGUUUCAGGAGUAGCUUCAAAUAGCAAAGGUAGCAAGGUAUUUUAACAUGUAAAUGUAUUAUCAUUAUUGUCAUAUAUAUUUAUAAAAACAAUUAUUUGUUUGUAUGCAAUAAUAUUUGUUGAUUGAUUGAAUGAUUGUAUUUUGCUUUACGCCCCACGAGCACAAACAGGCUACAUCGCGGCGAUAAAGCAUUUUGAGAAAGAUGGAUGCAAUGUUGACGAUACUUGACAAAAAGAAUGAAUAAUUUCAAGAUAUAACGAACACAUUGCCAAGGUUUUUUAUGUUGAAAUAUUCCUUUAGGUUUGAAGUUUGUUUGGAUGAACUUCAAAACCAUUAAUUUCAGCAACUAGGUGAGGUGAGGGGGGUAAAAGGGCAUCAAAAACGCCAAAAGAAGGAAAAAUUACGAUUUUUGGCCUGUGUUUCUUAAAAUUUAAUAGCGUGCGCCUACGUGACCCGGAGAAAAUUAUGGCGAUCUAGACAGCAAAAACAGUGAUAAUGACAUUGUAUUAAAAAAAAUUCCUGGGUCACGUUGGCGCAGGCACUUAAAAACUAAAAAAUCGUUGUACGGAACACCUCCAAAGUGAAUAAUAAUUACAAUAUCUGAAUAAUAACGGAAAGUUUACCCCCCUCACCUCACCCAGUUGCUGAAAUUAGGGGUUUUGAAGUUCUUACGAGCAAACUUCAAACCUCAGGGAAUAUUUUAGCAUGAUAAGUAGCUUUCCAAAACAAAAUUUGAAAAAUAAGAAAAUAAGGGGGCCAAAACGGGGGCUUAUCGUACCUUGUCCUUUGAUAGAAUCUGCCAAUUAGUAGAACAUUUUAACUACUUAACGGUGAUACCAAACAUCUUGACUAAAUUUAAUUUGGUUCGUUUGAUUUUCAUAAAAUUUUGACAAAAUAUUUAUUUUGACCCUUUGCGAAAAUAUAAAAAUUUCCAAAAAAUUGAACCACACACUUUAUCGGAAAUAUUUCAGUGGAUAUAUAGCAGUUUGACAAACACUAAUUUUGAUCAUUGAGAAGAAUAUUUCCUAAACAAUAGAACGUGAUUAAAACGUUCAGCUGACUUUUACAGAGUAAUCUCCGUGUAGUGUUAUGUACCACCUUAAUGAAAAUAUUUUGCAACUAUUGUGAAAAUUAUAAUAACUAAUUGUAAAUAAUCUACACGUUUAAUUUAAAGGAGAAUAAUAAUAAUAGAUGAUUCAGUUGAAAAUCGUUGAAUAUUGUGAUUUUUUGCCACUUGUCAUUGUUGGUGAUGCAUUCGGAAAUAUCUUCGCAUAUUACAUUGUUAAUAUACAAAAUAUCUGUAAGUGAAAGUGAUAUUACCAGCUAUCACCCUGUUUCAAAGUUAACAUUUGACACCAGUAAGGUUAUUUAUUUUUGACUGAAUCUCUAUUUGUGAACAAAUACUUCGGAGAACGCAUAAUAAAGUAUCAGGAACUUCAAAUGGCUUGCAUUGUAUUGUGCUAAGAACCAAUGCAUGGUUACCUAAAUUAAUGGAAAAACAACAAAACUCAGAAUUUGAAAUUUUGUUUCUGCAAAUUUUAAAUUUUACAUUGUUCACCACAUUGCACAAGGAAAGUUAAUUUUGAAAAUAAAUGUGUUUUCCAAAAUUUCAAAAAAAAAAAAAAAAGGAAAGGUCGAUUUUCUCGAUUUUAUGUUCUUCAAACACCACAUUCUGUCGUAAUGGCAGUUCUGAGUGACGACGUUUAUAAAAAAAAAACAAAAAAAACCAUUUUUCGUAAAAUUUCACAGAAAAGGCAGAAAAAUUUUUGCAGAUAACUUAUUUAUUUGGUUGACUGUCAACAUGUGCUUUAUUCAACAUAAAUGAUUUCUUUUUGUUUCUUAAAAUCUUAAGCAUAGUUUUAAGGGAUAAAAUAUUUCAUUUUCGUCUAUGUAAUUGUAAAUAGGAUAUUUAUACAAAGAUCACAUGUACUUCUUAUUUCAUCAAUACAUAAAUACUUGUAAAGGAUAUCUCAUUAUCAUGUAUGCUCAUUUUAUAUAAAACAUAACUAAUAUU